CUGGGGACAUGGGGGAGACAUGGAGGAAGAGACGGGGGAUCCCCUGGCUGGAGCCGACCCACAGAGUUGGCCAUCAUGGCUGGAAAGUUGGCUAUCAGAGUAAUGUCUGACCUCUGGAAACAGACGCCGGGUCAGAAUCUACUAGGUAGGAGGGUCAUCAGCUGCAAAGAGCCGGAGCCUGGGGGGACCUGGCGGGAUAGGUAUGGGGGGUCGAGGCCGGCCCCCUGAUCCCCGGUCCCCCCCUGGCGGACCCCCAGCCCUAAGCGCUCUGGCGCUCCUGCUACUCUUCUGUGCACACGCUCACGCUCAGUGCAAGAUCCUGCGCUGCAACGCCGAGUACGUGGCGUCCACGCUGAGCCUCCGGGGCGCGGGCGCGGCGGGCGGCGCUGCGGGGCCGGGCGCGGGCGCCCUCUGCCGGGCGCUCCGCUCCUACGCGCUGUGCACGCGGCGCACGGCGCGCACCUGCCGAGGGGACCUGGCCUUCCACUCGGCCGUGCACGGCAUCGAAGAUCUCAUGAUCCAGCAUAACUGCUCGCGCCAGGGCCCCACGGCGCCGCCGCCGCCCCGCGGGCCCGCUCUGCCCGGCGCGGGCGCGCUCCGCCCCGCCGGCCCCGCGGCCCCCGACCCCUGCGACUACGAAGGCCAGUUUGCCCGGCUGCACGGCCGAGCGCCCGGCUUCCUGCACUGCGCCUCCUUCGGGGACCCGCACGUGCGCAGUUUCCACCACCACUUCCACACCUGCCGGGUCCAAGGCGCGUGGCCUCUGCUGGAUAACGACUUCCUUUCCGUACAGGCCACGAGCUCCCCUGUGGCCACAGGUGCCAACGCCACCGCCACGCGGAAGCUCACCAUUAUAUUUAAGAACAUGCAGGAGUGCAUUGACCAGAAGGUCUACCAGGCUGAGGUGGACAAUCUUCCGGUAGCCUUUGAGGACGGUUCUGUCAACGGCGGGAACCGACCCGGGGGGUCGAGUCUGUCCAUCCGCACGGCUGCCCCCGGAGGCCACGUGGAGAUUCAGGCUGCCUACAUCGGCACCACCAUCGUCAUCCGGCAGACGGCCGGGCAGUUGUCCUUCUCCAUCAGGGUGGCUGAGGAUGUGGCCAGGGCCUUCUCCGCCGAGCAGGACCUGCAGCUCUGUGUUGGCGGGUGUCCCCCGAGCCAGCAGCUCUCCCGCCUGGAGCGCCAGCGCCGCGGAGCCAUCAGCCCAGACGCUGCCAGGCAGCUGUGCAAAGAACGGCUCCCCGUGGAGGACGCUUACUUCCACUCCUGUGUCUUUGACGUUCUCAUCUCCGGGGACCCCAACUUUACUGUGACAGCUCGGGCGGCCCUGGAAGAUGCGCGCGCUUUCCUGCCAGACUUGGACAAAUUGCAUCUCUUCCCCUCCGAUGCUGGGUCUCCUCUAUGCUCAGCGGUCCUCGGAGGCCCGGCUCUCUCUGGGCUCUUGGUUCUGUGGCUUUUCACUCAGUGAGUGCAACAAUCCCAAGAUUGAUGCGAAAAUGAUUUGGAACUGGAGAGUGGCAGGGAAAGACACCCAGAAUCACCAAAGGACAGAGGUAGCUCUGGGAGGUGGAUGAAGCAGUGCUGGUCAGAGAAGGCUACGGUCCAGGUGGGACCAUUACAGCAAAGGGUUCUGGGCAAGGUGUCCACAUUCCAGGCCUCCCAGGCAAUUUCUCACUGGCUUCCCCAGUCCUGUUUAGACUAAGAAAGUUGUUCCAAUACAACUGCUCCUGAGAUCACUCCUGCAGUAUUGGAGUCUAAUAAGUAUCCUAAUAUUCAGUAGGAAUGUAAAUAUUAGAAAAGUGGAGCAGAAAGAACAGAAAGAGAAAUAUAUAUGUUGCCCACAAGAACUCAAGGCCUGGGGCUGGAGAAAUAGGGUAGUGGGUAGGUGCUUGCCUUGCAUAUGGCCAACCCAGCACCCCAUAUGGUUCCCUGAGCCCUGCUAGGAGUGAUCCCUGAGCACCAAUAGAUAUGGCCCCCAAACCAAAAAGAAAUAAAGGGAAAUAAGACCUCAAAAUCUCACCAUAUAGGGGGCUGGAGCAAUAGCACAGCAGGUAGGGCGUUUGCCUUGCACGCGGCCGACCUGGGUUCGAUUCCCAGCAUCCCAUAUGGUCCGUCCCCUGAGCACCGCCACAGGUAAUUCCUGAGUGCAGAACCAGGAGUAACCCCUGUGCUUCGCCGGGUGUGACCCAAAAAGAAAAAAAAAUUCUCACCAUAUAUUCCAUUUCAAGGUGUAAGAGGAGAAAUCAGUUAGAGAAAAGGUCACAUAGAUUAUGUGGGUGAGUUGCACACUGCUUUCUGGUUUCAGACUUGAGGUAGAACCUUAGAUAAAGGGACCUCUGCUUUCAAAAGUUCAGAACCUUAACUCUUAACCACUACACUUUAUCCUCAAGGAAACAGAGUCAUUAGGGGGUCUGGGUUCUGGAGAUGGUAGGGAUGCUGACUGUUAACACAAAAGUUACUGCUUAGACACAGACAAGGAAAAAGUUGACAGUCCCACCCAACUAAUCUAUUAUUAAAAUGACAAGCUCUCCAUGUCCUCCUCUGUUGCCCGUGUUCAAUCUUUGUGCAGGUGCUGAAAUGGAGCAAGGCAAUGCUCACUACGCUGAAAGACAAUUCAGAAGUGUUUACCAUUGUUCUGCUCCCUGGAGCUUAUUUGUUUUGAGGGAAAUGAAAUCAAUUCA